AGAAUAAAUUAGAUAAACAUUAGAGUUAGUGCGUGAAUUUUUAUAAAACUUUGACUACCAUGUGAAAAACCUAAUCCCUCGUGAUUACCAUGUGGAAUUUAGAUUGGCCACCCCUGAACCGAUUUCUCUAACCUAAUUCGCAUCUUUAAUUUCUUCUCCCUAAUUGAAAUUCUCCCUAACCCAUAUCUUCCCCGUUUUCCCUUUUUUUCUCUUUCGACAUAGUGCGCACAGAGUACUUGCAAGAAUUAUCAACUGAUUUUUUAAUUUUCUCAUUGUUUUCGAUUUUUCACAAACUGAUUUUUGAUUUUUCUUCACCGGAGUCUUCUUCUACCUGUGAUUUGUGAAUGUGCUGGGUACAAAGGCUUGGAAUCUUACAAAGGAAUUUUUAGAGUUUUUUUAUUGUUUAUGCUCGGCAGGAAAUCUGGGAUAUUGCAAGUCUACAAUUUGCUCUAUUGUUGAGUUACGAAACAAUUGAUCUUUUUUGCUUCUCAUUGAGGAGUCUGAUUUUCUAAGCUAUUGCGGUACUGGCCACGAGCUGUUUCAGGUGAUCAAUCAUGGCGAUGAGCACCAAGGUUCGAACCAGCAGCUUCUCUCGCAACCCAAUGGCUGGUCCCAUCUCCAAAGUUCCAGGCUUUAAACCUGGACCAAAUGGCGUCGUUUUCGUCUCUUCUGGCAUACCUGACCUUGACAGAAUUUUGGGAGGUGGGUUUGCUUUGGGAAGCUUAAUUAUGGUAAUGGAGGAUCCAGAAGCACCUCAUCACAUGUUAUUAUUGAGGAAUUAUAUGGCGCAAGGAUUGAUGCAUAAUCAGCCUCUUUUAUAUGCAAGUCCAUCCAAAGACCCUAAAGGGUUUUUGGGUACUUUGCCUAAUCCAAUUCCUCCAAAAGAUGACAAGCCGCAUGAUCAUGGCACAGAACAGGAUAAGGAUCUGAGAAUUGCUUGGCAGUAUAAGAAAUAUUCUCGGGAAAGUCUACAGGGCCAUGAUAUUAGAGAUUCUGAUCAUGAAUACUGCAACACUUUUGAUUUGCGAAAACCUUUGGAGAGACAAUUUCUUGCUGGAAAGCACAUUGACUGUGUGAGCACUCUAGAUUUGACUCUGGACAUACUUCAUCAGCGAUGCUCGACAUUUUUAGCCCAAAACUCAAGAAGUGAUAGUAGCAUAUCUUGUGCCGGUCGUAUUGCUAUUCAGUCAUUCUGUGCACCGCAGUGUGGAUAUUUUGACAAGGACUGGGAUAUGCUUGCUUUUGUAACGGCUUUGAAAAGAAUGGUUAGGGAAUCAAAUGCAGUUGCCGUUAUAACGUUUCCACAUUCUCUACUGUCGUCAUCCUUCUCCAAAAGAUGGCAGCAUUUUGCUGAUACCCUCAUUUCAGUCAAAGCAAUAGCAGACGAGGACAAGGAAUUAGAGCAGCUGCUUACUGGAUAUAAAGAAAUGGUUGGUUUCCUCGGCAUACAUAAAGUGGCUAGGAUCAACACUCAGGUACCUUUGGUUUUAGAGGCGUCGACAUUUUCAAUCAAGCUUCAUAAACGAAGGUCGUUGGUUUUCGAAUGUCUAAAUCAAGCGCCCAUUGAUGGUUCAAGUGGUGCCUCGUAUGGCACUUCUAGUAGCUGUUCUGCUUCUGCUAAACAAGGAUCUCUUGACUUCUAGACCUUCUAUUGUGAUUGACUACUGCCAUUUCUUGGCCUGUUCGCCAAAUCUCAUGCUAUACUUGCUAGAACAAAUAAUAGUAAGAAACAUUUGGAUGGAAUCUUCGCUUAUCAUUCUCCAAAACCACUCGAUUCUAUAACGGUGGUUUCCCUUUUUUUAAAGUGAAUGCGGCAAUAUCAGGAUCCUCGACGUUGAGGUUAAGGCACAGACACACGAAGUCCGUGGCAUUGGUGACUGGCGUAUUUUGAAGUGCGGGUCAAGACGUGAUGUGGUUCAUAAUGUAGUGUCACUUCAUCCUCUUAGCAUGCUUUCAGAUACAUGUCUACCUUUAUUCUAUGGAAGCAAAUUCUUUUUUGGGGUCUGUUUUUAGAUCUCGUUGACAUAGGUUCUGAGAUUUAGAACAUGUAUACUUGAUUUUAGUAUUGGUAAGAGAUAGGAAGCUAAAAACUUUAGUGUUGUAUGCAAAAAUUUAAAUUGUCUUGUCAGGUCGGAUCAGAUUAUUUUAA